AUAGUCGCUCCUGUUAUCUAUCAGGGGAGGGGGGCUCAAUGGGAGGCAUUAUCCUUCCCUGUGGUGAAGGAGUUGCGCCGUACUGUUACCGAGCAUGGCCUCUCUUCCCCAUAUUUCGCGAGUUUGUUAUCUUCUGUCUUAGAUUCUUAUGUCAUGACUCCGCAUGAUCUCAAAUCUCUCGCACAGUUGCUGUUAACCCCCACACAGUAUUCGCUAUGGGAGUCGCAAUGGGGGAGGGGACUCCAAACGCUUUUACUAACCUAUGUGGGCCAUAAUAAUCCUGCUCUUGCUGCAUUAACUAUUGAGCAUCUUACGGGUACUGGCCAGCACACGGACCCGGUGGCUCAGGCGAGGGAUAUUCCGCGGGAAGCGCUUGAAGCCACGCGGAAUGAAGCAAAGAAGGCUCUGCUUAAAAUACCUGACUCUCAAAAGCCACAAAAGGCUUUUACUACCAUUACUCAGGAACCUCGGGAGCCUUAUAUGCAAUUUAUUGACAGAUUAAAACAAGCCUUAGAGCGCCAGAUAGAUAAUGUGGAAGCGCGGGAAAUUCUGUUGUUAAAGUUAGCAGUGGAAAAUGCCAAUGCAGAUUGUAAGAAGUUAUUGAAAUCUCUUCCGAACCCUAAUCCCUCUCUCGUGGAAAUGGUGGAAGCCUGUAAUAGAAUUGGCACCGUAGAUCAUAAAUUUGAAGCGAUGGCCGCUGCUUUUGCUGCCAUGCGUGGCACAGCUGGCCCCGGGGUUUGUUAUGGCUGUGGCAAGCCUGGCCAUUUGAAAAAGAAUUGUAUAGCUGCUACAUCUGGAGCCAAGCCCCAGGCACCGGGGAUUUGCCCUAGGUGCAGGAGGGGGCGCCAUUAUGCUAACCAAUGUCGCUCUAAGUAUGACUCCCAGGGACAACCGAUACAGGGAAACCGAUCGCGGAGCGCGGGACGGCGGCGCGUGCAGACACAAGUUCCGCAGUUAACCCCUCCGCUGCCGCAGAGGGAUACGACAGUGCCUCAAGCCUUCACCCAGCCACAGCCGGGAGCGCCGGCCUGGACCUGGCAACCAGCCACACAGUAACGAUGGAUCUGGGAAGUCCCAUAAAUCUGUUAUCCUCUGGUGGGACGACCAGCGCA